CAGCCGCGAUUAUUGUUACUCCCAUCAGCUCAGGAACCGCUACUGUUCUCGUAUUUUGGCUCUCUUCCUCGAUAUGGGAUAUUGAUUCGCUUCUCUGCUUCACUGCCGUUAACUCAUGGCUGAUCAUCAGGGCGACGAUAUCCCGCUACGGGACGUCCAUCUCUCAGACGAAGACGGCGAGCUGGAUUCCGACCGUCAGUCGCUUCUAGCUCCAGAUCUGGUGUCUGGUUCUGCUCCUACAAUCACCGUAGCAGCUGCUAAUGAUUUCGAGGCAGGCACGACACAGACAAGUCAUCGUCGGUCAUAUGAGGAGCGCAGGGUAUCGUCUCAAGGCCAUGCCAGUAGAUCUUCCAGCGUUCUGCAACCAGACAACCUUCGUCGCGAAUCAUUAGGGAGAUUUAGCACAAUUACAGGGCCAGCACCUGCUCGACCCCGCGGGGCCACACUCUCUUCAACUUUUCUUACUGUGGACACGGGCAACAACCAGGCGGGUGGCUUACAACACAGUGCCUCGGUCUCGGAGGCUACUUUGCGCAGACGAAACGUUCCAGGGGAUGAUGGGGAGUCAAGCAAGAGUGGAUCACGUAAAAAUAGCACGUCAGAGCCCGCGGACAUGGACGUUAUCAAACGAGGUAUUGACGGUGCUUUGGGUGACGAAGGCGGCUGGCUGCCAUCUCGGAAGAAUACUACGGCUGCUAGGCUUUCUCCGCGCAAGUCACGGUUCAGUGUCAAUAAGAGAUCAGUAGACGACGAACAAGGCUUAUUGGCUAAUGCUGUCGACAUAAGCGGUGCCGGUGAUCAGUAUCUAUCACCUUUCCAAACUGGCCCUUCGAUAGACAACGACUCUCUCUCGGUUAAUUACCAGAUCGACAAUGGAUCCGCUAUCGCGGAUGACGUGAGUGUACUUUCUGCCGGAUCACGAAAUACCGGCACAUCUCGCCGGCCUCUCAGUACCGAUAUGGCAGUCUCAUUUGCUAGCAAGCAACUUUCUUCGGCUGUCAGACGUAUCGUUUCGAAUGACAACCGAGUGAGCACAGAAGAUCAGCGCUCGGUGUACACAGUGGACUUGACCGACGAUGAAGAAGGCUACAAUUAUCCUGCCAGCGAAGUGAUCCCAGCAAUCGAAGACUUUGAACCGCCUCGAGCACCAUCUCAAACUGGAGAAGAAUCACCUUCGCUUCGAGGAAAUGCGCUUACGAUUUUCGGACCGGAAAACCCGCUGCGACUGGCUGCAUUUAGGGUAGUUUCUCAUUCAUGGUUUGACGCUGCGUGGCUUGUUGUUCUGUUUUUUCAGACAGUGGUCGUCAUUUAUCGCGCAAUCAGUGACAAAGAUCUUCAUGACACAAAGUCGUGGACUUUUGACUUUCCUAAUGUUGCACUCUUAGCCGUCUUCAUCUUCUACUCGGUCUCGAUUCUGCUAAAGAUGGUAGUCUCUGGCUUCUUGAUAAAUCCAGACAGAGAAACGCAUCAGGUUAUAUUUGAAUUGAUACAGUCGGUCGGAAUCAAUGUCAGAAAAAACCGCAGGGCGAUUCUCCGGGACUUUAAAUCAACGUUUCGCAAAGAUCGACCACAGGUUGACAAGACGGAAAUGCGUCUGAGCCGACUGGCAUACUUGAGAUCAAGCUGGAACCGAGUAGAUUUCAUUGCUGUCGUCUGCUACUGGAUCUACUUACUUCUCGCAAUCAUCAAUUCACCACAUACACACUCCGCGACACAUAUAUUCAGAGCUUUGAGCUCGAUUCAACUUUUGAACUGGCUGAAAGUCACCGAAGGCACUCGCGAGGUUUUACAAAGUAUCAAGCGGGCGGCACCUCUUUUACAGAACGUCACUGCAUUUAUUGCUGUGUUUCUGGCAUUGCUAGCGUUGGUCGGAGUCCAGGCGUUUUCCGGUUCGUUCCGCAGACAGUGCGUUUGGGUCAAUCCUGAUGACGCAAGCGACACAUACACCAACAUGCAGCUAUGUGGAGGCUAUCUUGAGCCCAUAACUUUGAAAAAGAUGCCGUUCAAAAAACUUGAUGGAUCGUUCAGUGAUUCAGAGCCCAAGGGAUAUCUGUGUCCUGUUUAUUCAAUAUGCUCCGAAGUUGAGUCCAAUCCAUACAACGGUACGCUGAGUUUCGAUAACACAAUCCAAUCUCUCGAACUCAUUUUCAUCGUACUCGGAAUGAACGGCUUCUCCGAUCUUAUGAAUUAUAUGUCUGAGUCCGAUCACGCCAUUGCUGCGAUAUACUUUGUCGUCGGCGUGAUCAUUCUGUCGUGGUGGCUUUUCAACCUGUUUAUUGCCGUUAUCACAACGUCAUUCGAAAGCAUUCGCGAGAUGGACGAAAGGAGAAAGUUAAACUUGGCCUUAGCCGAGGAAAAUGAAAAACACUUGCAAGCAGAAGUCUCGAUAGUCGUACAGUCAAAGCUUUAUCUUUUCUACUACCGCUAUUUGGAACCACUUUUCGUAUUCCUGAUCUUUGCAGACUUUAUCGUUCAGGCUAUGAAAGAAGUCAACAUGUCGGCCAGAAAGUCGACGGCCAUUGAUGUUUUUGAAACAGUCACAACAUUCAUACUUCUGACAGAGAUGUUCAUCCGAUUCGCAGCUCACUUCCCCAACUGGAGAAAGUUCUUCACUCUGAGAAAUAUAUGGGAUACUAUCCUUGCUAUUGUCUCGACGGUGAUUUUGUUACCAGUCAUUAGAAACUCUCCAAGAAUCUAUCCGUGGCUUACGUUUUGUCAAGUGGCGAGGACAUAUCGAGUGGUUGACGCUAUCCGUUUGACGCGUCUCAACUGGAUGAUUGUCACCCGAAACAAGCGAGACUUCAUGAACUUGGUCAUUUUCCUGUUCUUGACUAUUCUUUUGGUUGCCAUCAUCGGUUCCGAGCUAUUCAGAGGUGAGAUCGACGACUUUGACAACCAGGGUAACAGAAUCGAGUCGACGUUCCGCAGCCUUGCAAAUUCGCUAGCAAAUACCUACCAAGUGAUGACAACAGAAGGCUGGGCGAGCAUGCUGUUCACCGUCACCGGUGCGCUUUCGGGUACAAGUUUAGCCGUCGUCGGCGCGAUCUUCUUGUGUGCUUGGUUUCUGUUUUCGAACGCUGUCGUGAUGAAUCUUUUCAUUGCUGUCAUUCAGUCUAAUUUUGAUUUGUCGGAUGAGGCGAAGAAGAGAAUGCAGAUUAAUGCGUAUGCUGAGGAAUUCGAGCCUGUGCUUAUAGGAGUUGAUAGUGCACACGCGGGAGACCGCAGAAACUCGCGGUUCUCUCUUCUACAGAAUGAGGCGGGAAGUGCGGUGGAUGAGAAUUUCCUUGGUGGAGGGGAUUACGUAGCAAAGGCCACGGCGGAUGAAGGUGACGGCUUUCAUAAUCUUGCCCAUCCGGUUUUCUCAUUCCAAUACUGGACAAAGUUCCUUAAAUUCAAGCCUCGAGAGAAUCCGUUUUUCUCGAGUCCUACAUUCGAGUACGACUCAUCGAUGGACGCACGACUCUUCAUCAAAAUGGUGAACGAGAAGAAGACGGAAUACAAGCGGGCACGGGAGCGAUAUCUAAUCAGCCACCCCAACUUCAACCGCGUGCUGUUUUGCUUGCGACCAGAGAACCCGAUCCGUCGGUUUUGCCAAAGAAUCACGUCGUCUGCGCGAGGAGGGCGGUACGGAGAUGCCGCGAGAAACGAGAAACUGUACCAGGUUUACACGGCUUUCAAUCUCGUGUGCUCGAUUGUGAUGGUCGCUUGUGCUUGUCGGAUUACCCCGUUCUAUCAAAAGACUUAUUACCAGAGCCGUGGUUGCGAGCCCUCAGAUGGCGGGUGUGCGACAUGGAAUUGGAUGAGUAUUUCCGACAUUGCAUUUGCUAGCAUAUUCACAAUAGAGGCAUUGGUGAAGAUCCUAGCAGACGGAUUCGUUUAUACGCCCAACGCGUACAUCCUGUCGACCUGGAACUUUAUCGAUUUCUUCGUGUUGGGCACGCUGUGGAUCGACAUUCUGACGACGUUUGUCGACAGAGGCAGCAACGCGAGAUUUCUUCGCGCAUUCAAGGCUCUACGGGCACUUCGUCUCCUACACGUGUCGACUACAUCAAAGGACACUUUCCACAACAUCAUUAUCGUGGGUAUAGUACAGAUUUUCUACGCGGCGGUCGUCUCUAUGACUUUGCUCGUGCCGUUCGCGCUAUGGGGCCUGAAUCUAUUCAUGGGUAAGCUUGAGUCCUGCUCAGACCAAAACGCACCAGACAUUGCCUCGUGCAAGGGCGAGUUCAAUUGCUACGCGUCUGGAGAUAACAACUGCGCGCCGUAUAACUGGGAUAUCUGGAUGCCGAGGUCGUAUACUACUCCUGGCUACAACUUUGACUCGUUUUUCGAAUCGAUCUCAAUCUUGUUCCAGAUUAUCUCUCUUGAGGGAUGGAACGAUGUUUUACAGUCAGUUAAGGAUAUUACAGGAUCAGGACUUAAUCCGAGCUAUAAUCAUUCGGUAUACAAUGGCCUUUUCGUUUACGUGUUCAACUUCAUUUCAAUUGCAUUUAUCUCGACGUUGUUCAUCACCGUAGUGAUGGAGAACUACGCCAAGAAAACCGGAGCUGCAUUCCUGACCAUGAAGCAGCGUUCAUACUUGGGCAUGCAGCGCGUUUUGCGAAACGUGAAACCGUCGAGGACCGGAAGGAUUCCUACCAGUCAGCUGCGGCGCAAGUGCUACAAUCUGGCAGUCAGACGUGGCGGCGUGCUCGUGGACUGGCUGCUGGUUGUGCAGACUGCGCAGUUGGGGGUUCUGUUGUCUGAGUUUUACUCGGAGAAUGAUCAGGGAGCUUUAGUGCGAGACGUAUUUUAUCUGCUUAUCUCUGCGUUCUUGAUAUUCUACAUGAUUGUUCGCUGUCUGGGAUUAAGCUGGCUGGAGACCGGGGCCACGCGAUUGAGGCUGAAUCCGAAAGUGAUAUGGAAGAUCAUCGACCGCAACAAAUGGGACGUAAUCUGGCUGAUAACGGUCGCAAUCACGUUCCUUAUCGCCGGCGUGACGCUGGGAGGUCGGAUAUGGAAAUCCGAACUGCAGUCUCUGGCGACGCUCAACACUGCUAAGCGGCUGCUCAUGGUUCUCAUUCUCUGUCUGCUGAUCCCGCGCAGCAACAGACUGAACCAGUUGGUAGUAACCGCGACCGCCAGUCUGUCGUCGAUUCUCAGCCUACUAUUUUCGUGGCUCGUGCUGUUCAUCGUUUACGCGAUCGCGUUCAACCAGAUCUUUGGGCUCACGCGUCUGGGCUCGAACGGAUCCGCUGACGUUAACUUCCGAGGGUUUUUUAAGUCUAUGCUUUUGCUGUUCCGGAUGAGCUGCGGCGAGGGCUGGAACUCAAUUAUGUAUGACUAUCAGGUCGAUACGCCGUUCUGCAUCAACACGCAGGAUUUCUUCACUAGUGAUUGCGGAAGCAAGACAUAUGCCUAUAUUCUAUUCAUGUCAUGGAACAUUCUGAGCAUGUACAUCUUCAUGAACAUGUUCAUCUCUCUGAUUUACGAGAGUUUCAACUAUUUCUCCCAUGAGUCGGAGUGCGCGCCGUUUGUCUCGCGAGAUGCGAUCCGCGCGUAUAAAGAGGCAUGGGACCAGUUGGAUACUGAAGGAAUAGGGUAUAUCCGGGAAAGCCAACUAGCGACGUUGCUGCGAAAACUUCCGCCACCGUUCAACACAGGGAUCUAUACUGGCGAACAAAGCGUUCGCGAGAUGACGUAUGCAUGUCAAUAUGUGAACCCGGUGACGAUGGAGACCGAGUUCAAUAUGGACGAGCUGCGUCGGCGGAUCGGAAUGAUCAACAGGGCCGAGAUCAAGAUCAAGAGGCGUCGGUAUGAGCAGAUGGUGUAUGAGAUUUGCUCGCAUCGCGAACGAGUGAUUCCGGGCUCGACGGAGUCGUAUAUUCCAUUCUCUCAGCCGCUGAUGAUUAUCCCGUUCUACAAGAUCCCGAACGCGAGGUCGGAGGCGCUGACGCUUAAAGAGUUUAUCAGUCGAUGGGAGAUCAUGCGGCAGGUGGAGGAAGACCGGAUCCGCAACAAGCUUUCUGAUUUCGCGCGGAUGGUCGCGUGCAGACAUCGAUAUCUGCUCAAGCAGAACCGGAUCACGCUGCAGAACGACGGGACGACGGUGACGGUGGGCAAGAACGGGCAGAUCGUGGUAUCUGGCGCGCGCAGUCUGAGCACACGCACGGGCGCGAGCGUCGCGAUGUUUCCCAAGAUUGUGGUGGAAGAUUUUGCGGACGAGGAGGGGUAUGAGGGUGAUGACUAUUAUGAUUAUUAUGAGGAUGACUUUGACGGGAGCUCGAUGGUUCGAUCGCUCACGAGUCAGAACGACGAGAAUCGACGGCCGUAAAGCAUUCGGAGACAGGAAGUAGGAAGAAGUAGAGAGAUGAGGAGGGUGUCAUGGCAAUAGCAUUAGGGUGCAUGGUUUUCGAUAUAUAUAGAAUUGUUUUGGAUGUUGCUUUGUAAAAGUUAGCUUUACCAUUGGAUACUACUGUUUUGGGUAAUUGUCAACUUGAUGUUGAGGGGCUCGAGUCGAUGUAACCCUACCUUUGUGAAAGAGAGUUUUUCCCAACCCUGA